AUUCAUCAAUUGCAACGCCAUCUUGACUGAAUUUUCAGAAGAAUGGAAAGCGUGAGUGAACUUCAGAAUCCCUUGUUGGCCAAGAACAAUGGACAUCUCCACAACAGUUACACCUUUCGUCAGGAUUAUCCUGGCCAUCGUUGCCAGGGCAAACUGUAUUCCUACAUUUUCCAAAAUUCUGGCAAUGCAAGGACUCACCAGCUGCUGGAUGCCAGCUCUCUUCAGCUGGCAGUGGAAGCACUGUAUGGCCCAAAUUUCAUCCUGGUGAAGGAUGAAGCAAGUGUUAAAGUCAAGGACAACAAAGGUGAGAGUUGUGAGACAACCUUUACAGAAAAUAAGGAAUCGCUUGCUGAGGCUGCUGAUGGGCAGGAAACACAAGGACACUCCCUAAUGGAAAAUGAUAUCAAAAUCCAGACAGUAUCCUAUGAAGUGGAAGAAGAGGAAUUACAGGAAUAUGAGAGUGACUCUUCAAGUGACAGCGAGAGUGAAGAUAAUUUCCUGAUGCUUCCUCCACGAGACCACCUGGGCUUAGCUAUUUUCUCAAUGCUCUGCUGUUUCUGGCCUCUGGGAAUUGCUGCCUUCUACUUUUCUCAAGGGACAAGUAAGGCCAUCUCGAAGGGGGAUUUCCAUCUCGCAAGCUCAGCUUCCCGGAGAGCUCUGUUUCUUGCUGCACUCGCCAUUACGAUCGGCACAGGGGUGUAUGUCGGAGUGAUAGUAGCACUGAUUGCUUACCUAUCUAAAGGUGGCCAUGUAUAAUACAGACUUUUGCAUGAUGCGCAUGAUGGAUAAUUCUCCUGAAACACAUACUUUCCUGUGAAACAGAGGACACAGAGCAGACAACGAUUGUGACAGAGCCUUUUCUAUAGAGAUCUGUGCUGAAAUAAACUAUCUAUGUGGACUCAUUAUUUUUGCAGAUGAACAAUAGAGUGUGACCUACUUGGACUGACAAGAUAAAAAAAAAUAUACAGACAUAAAAACUCUUCAUACAGAAGAUAGCACAGUCUGAAAAGCCUGGAUUUUGAGACUGCCAGGAAGAAAAGGGAGGGAUGGAAGGGAUUUCAAAAUGUUGUCUGCAGGGUGUUUUGAAACUGAUGUUCUUGUGUGCUAGACUUGCUGUUUGUGAAGUUCAGUCACUCGUUGGAUCCAAGCUUCUGUAUUACUCAGGGCACAUGGUGAAAAGUUGUGAAAUAUUCAGUUCUUGUAAGUCUUUCCUUUGGAAGAUAGGACUGAGGGCUAUGCAGGGAUGGCAGAACAGUUUUGGUCAGGAUAUUCACAUUUGAUACUGACGAUACUACCUGCAAUAUCAAAUACUAUUAAUUCACCCUUGGGUAACUACCUAUCAUGAAGCCAGCUUUGAUCAAAGUUCUCUUUCAGAGGCUUUGGGGCCUUUGCUCACAUAAUCUGCCUCUCAAGCUACUGGUCAUGUUUCAGGCUUUCCCCACAGUUUCAUUGCAUAAUGAUCAGACCUUAGAGAGUGACAUUCAGCCAUAAUUUCAGUCUCAAGAUACACAACUGUUUAGCCAGUGAAGGCUAGUUUGAGUGCUUAUUAUUAUUAUUAUUAUUAGCGAGCACACUGAUGGGGUCAUUGAAAAUCCUCAAGCCCUGCUAGUUUUUAAAUUAAGUAUUAAGCUGGUAGGUGUACAAAAUCAUGAUGUGGAAAAUUCAGAAUAAAAGGUGCUAUGGUAUGACCGCUUUUUACAGCAUCCAGAAACGGAUUCCAAAAAGUUAAUGCCCACAACUUGGAAGAAAAAGCAUCAAUAAGGCAUGUUAUGAUUAUUAGAUUUUCAGUUUUUUAAACAAAUGCAGAUUUU